GAGCCGCCCGCCCCGGCCAUGGGCUCCCUGGGGCGCUGCCUGGCCCGGGGCCUGCUGCGGGGGCAGCCCGGCCUCGGCCGCCCCCUCGGGCCGCCCCGCCGCUACGGCUCCGCCCCCCCGGAGCUGCGGGAGCAGACACUGGUGCUGGUGAAGCCGGACGCGGUGCAGCGGCGGCUGGUGGGCGACGUCAUCCGGCGCUUCGAGCGGCGCGGGUUCAAGCUGGUGGCCAUGAAGCUGCUCCAGGCGGACCGGGGCCUCCUGGACAAGCAUUACCAGCAGCUGCGGCAGAAGCCCUUCUACCCCGCGCUCCUCUCCUACAUGACCUCGGGGCCGCUGGUGGCCAUGGUGUGGGAGGGCUACAACGUGGUCCGGUCCUCGCGGGCCAUGGUGGGGGACACCAACUCGGCACAGGCGGCGGCGGGGACCAUCCGAGGGGACUUCAGCAUGCACGUCAGCAGGAACGUGGUGCAUGCCAGCGACUCGGUGGAGACGGCGCUGCAGGAGAUCGGCUUCUGGUUCCAGCGGGACGAGCUGGUGGCGUGGGAGAGCAGCGACCGGGACUACACCUACGGGCCCUAGGGACAUCCAGCCAGGACGCAGCCCCCCUCUCCCCAGCCCAUUAAAACCCAGUGCCUCCA